GCCGAGUGUCUUAUCGUUGUAAAAUAGCUGCAUGCAAAUUUUCGUAUCCGAUGAGCUGCAAAAUGACAAGAGACUUUCGUGUACGGUCGAUUUCAAAAGUAGCGCCACUGUACCCACCCUGAAUCCUGGAUGCCUAGUACAGAUUAAAGUCUAGAGUGAGGCGAUACGAAGCAACUGUACAAUCGAUUUUCAUUUCAGUCUACGAAAGAACGCUAUAGAGUGUAGGCUUGGUUGAAAGUAUAUUAGUUCAAGAUGGCAAGUUUAGUACGAAAGGCGGCGCUACUGCUAUUUACUGAAGGAUGCAUGGAAGAGUAUUUUGUAAAAUUUAAUUUCCUUCACGGUGAAUGUUUCAAGGCAAGUCUUAGCAAGGGUCUAGGCUUAGGUAUCAUAGCGGGUUCCCUAUUAGUGAAAUUACCACAAAUUUUAAAACUCCUCAACAACAAAAGUGGCGAAGGCAUAAACAUUAUCAGUGUAUUUUUGGACUUGUUUGCAAUCACUGCAACAGUGUCUUACAGUUUUAUCAGUAAAUUUCCUUUUAGCUCUUGGGGUGAUGGAGUAUUUCUCGGUGUUCAAACUGCAGCCAUUGCUGCAUUAGUAUUGCAUUAUGGUGGCAAUACUACAAAAGCAACUGCCUUUAUUGCUGCGUACAUAUCAAUUAUUACUGCUGUAAUAAUUGGACUUGUUCCAGUAGAUGUACUUUGGACUUGCCAAGCAUUAAAUGUUCCCAUUUUACUUACCAGCAAGCUUAUGCAAGCCUAUACCAACUAUUCAAAUGGUAGUACGGGACAACUCUCAGCUGCUACCUGUUUCAUGUUGUUCUUUGGUUCACUAGCCAGAAUUUUUACUUCUAUUCAAGAAACUGGAGACACAAUCAUUAUUGUUACUUAUAUUGUUGCGACUUCCGCCAAUGCUCUGAUAGCUUCACAGCUCAUAUACUAUUGGAAUGUUGUACCAAAAGCAGCUAAGGAUUCCAAAAAGAAGAAGCAAUAAAGUUAAAGAAACAGUUAACAUAUUAUCAUCCAAACAGAUUUAAUGUAAUUAUAGCUUAGAGCAUACGGUUUUAAUAAAUCGGUAGGCCUGCUUUCUCAGGACGCCGUUGAGGGUCAAUUGUAAAUACUAAAUAGAUAAGAACGUUUUUAGAAAAGAGAAUAUAUGAUACCCCAAUUUAAAGGGAGACUGAGAAUUCAA